CUGACCUGAGAGCUCCACUCCAAACAGGCAAGAGUAUAGUUUUGUCUCCAGGGCUGUUGAAUUUGACACCCCGUGUAGAGACCGGUGAUGUAGCCGUCUCCACCAGGGACUGGUCUGGGGCCACCAAACAUACGACAUUAAAGAGCUGGCAGAGGGUCAGUCACUGUCAACCUGGGCCGGAUUCAAAACUAUGAAGUGGAGGUAGAAAUCUCCAUAUUAAAUUACUUAGCAUGCAAACCUCACUUUUCGUAUGUAGAUCAAAAUGUCUUUUGAAAUGCACUAUUGGUCCUCUUUACUUUUUUAUUGCAGAAUGUAACAGAAGGGUCUCUUGAAAAGUUUACCACCAAGGGUGGCAACAGUUCCAAUGUCUGCCAUGCCGCAUACCACAGAUAACCCAGCCAACCUGAGUGACUACGAGUACCAAUUCUUAGACGAGGAGGAUUACAUCCAGGGAGUGCUUUGCACAAAGGAAAAUGUCAAGGCGUUUGGCAAGGUGUUCCUGCCAGUGCUUUAUACAAUAGUGAUUCUGCUUGGAUUGGCCGGGAACUGUCUACUCUUUGCCAUCUUGAUCAAAUAUACCAAGAACAAGAAGAUGACCGAGGUGUAUCUGCUGAAUCUGACCAUUUCAGACCUUCUUUUUGUGGUAACCCUUCCCUUCUGGGCCACAUACGCAGCUUCUCAGUGGGUGUUUGGGAAUGCCUUCUGCAAGAUCAUAAGUGUCAUCUACACCACCAACUUCUACAGUGGCAUCUUCUUCGUCAGCUGCAUGAGUCUGGACAAAUACCUGGAGAUUGUUCAUGCUUGGUCCAAUAAAAACUUAAGGGCCCCAAGAAAGAGCUUCCUUGUCUCUUCAGUGGUGUGGGUUAUUUCCAUAGUGCUGUCUAUUCCUGACUUUAUCUUCAUGGAGGUGCAGGAUCUCCACAAUGGGAGACGAGUUUGCUACCCCGACUAUGGCCUGCACAACUCCAUCUGGCGGCUUCUCUUUCAAUUUCAGCAGAUCCUGCUAGGCUUCUUCCUUCCAUUCCUUUGCAUGGUGUUCUUCUACUCCCGCGUAGCUUGUGUUCUCACUACAUUAAUGUCUCCUAGCAAGAAGAGAGCUCUCCGCCUGGUCGUUAUUUUGGUGGUAGUUUUCUUUGUGCUGUGGUUUCCAUACAACGUUACCCUCUUUCUGCAUUUGUUGCAAAACCUGCAUGUGAUUAAGGGUUGUGAAACUAGCAAGCACUUGGACUAUGCUAUGCAAGUGACUGAGAGCCUUGCCUUUAUUCAUUGUUGCCUCAACCCCGUGCUGUACGCUUUUGUGAACAAACGGUUCAGGUUACACUUAAAGAAGAGUUUUGGGGCCAUCUUCAGGAGGCAGGAUAUUAGUCGUUCUUCUAGUAGGUGCACUGACAACGUAGAAAUGAAAAGCAUUACGAAUGUGUAAUGAAUAUUUAGAGAAUUUCGUUGCUAUACAUGUUUGAUUUAUCACAUAUUGUAUUGUUUCCGGCAAUGGAGUGAUGUAUGGAUAAGCAGUUGGAGCAUAGACCUGGGAAUCACAAAAGGCCAAGUAUUAAUCCCAGCUCUAGCAUUGACUCCCUCAGUCAUUUCGGGCAAAUCACAACCUGCCUCUGACUGAGCUUCCCAAUUUGCAAACUCAUGGGGAUGGUAAUAAUUUAGGCCUGAAAUUAGACGAAGGUUUCUGACCGUCAGGGGGGUGAAAUAUUGGAACAGCCUUCCGAGGGAAACGGUGGGGGCGAAGGACCUGUCUGGUUUUAAAAUUAAGCUAGAUAAGUUUAUGGAGGGAAUGGUCUAAUGGGAUAACAUGAUAUUAGUCACAGGAACAGCGUGCCAUCGCUGGUAAAUAGUAUAAUGGCUAAUAAGGGUAAGGCUGGAGAAUCUUGCCUACGUGCUCGGGGUUUUACUGAUCGCCAUAUUUGGGGUCGGGAAGGAAUUUUCCUCCAGGGUAGAUUGGCAGAGGCCCUGGAGGUUUUUCGCCUUCCUCCGCAGCAUGGGGCAGGGAUCGCUAGCUGGAGGAUUCUCUGCUAAUUGAAGUCUCUAAACCACAGGAUUUGGGGACUUCAACAGCAGGGUAAGGGUAGUGACGGCUUUGUGGCCUGCAUCAUGCAGGAGGUCAGACCAGAUGAUCAUAAUGGUCCCUUCUGACCUUAAAGUCUAUGAGUCUAAUUUGUUGGGAGGAUUUUUCUAGAAUGGUGUAAAUAUGGAGUAAUCCCUGGGAAGUUGGGAGUCAUUUUUCAUUUACACCGGUGUGUCUGAGAGCAGAAUCUGUUCCUGUCAUCAGUCACAAUGAGGUUACUCCAGCAGAGUGGAAUUUGGCCCUGCAACUAGAGUUACAAAGGGAUUAUUCUGGAUUAAUACUGGUGUAACUGGCAGCUAAAAUUUGCCUGAUGUUUGUAAAGCAUGUGGGCCCAGAUCCGGACCUCCAGAGUAUUUGGGCUCCUAACUCCUAUUGAAAUCAAAAUCCCCUAAAUACCUCGGAGAAUCUGGACUGUGGCACAAACUGAAUGUGUGAGGCAGAGUGGCCUCCCUCCGUGCUUGACAGGGAGGAAACACUCCACACCUCCUGACUGGGCAGAACCAAGCCAGCCCCGUCCCUGUGCUGGAAGUGGAGGGACAGGACAGGAAGUAUAAGAGGAAGGCCUUCCAUCUCAGUUGGGCUGGAGCCAGACGUCUCUACCUCGCUGAGGAACUCUGGACCAGAGACCGAGCUGUGCAGUGCUCCAGGAAGAGACCAGAUGAGGAGAGGAGUUGCAUGGGACCACUGUCCACUAUUUACCCCGAGGAGACUGAAGACCUAUGGAUGAUGGAGCCACACCAAGGAAGGGUGGUCAGAAGUAGCCAAGGGGAACCAGACAUUAGUCUGGCUGUGUGGCCAGUAAACGAGUCAGCAUGUUUCAGUGACUUCCCUGCUGACCCAGUGGUGGGACCAUCCACCACUGUUAGGGCCCUGGACUGGGACCUGGUGGAGUAGGGGGGCCCGGGUCCUCCUACCCCCUGCCACCAACCCCACCCCUGAGGUGUGGGCCUACUCACCCCAGGCCAGAAGGCCUGUGCCUUGCCUGUGGCCUGUUGCUCUGCCCUGCCCAGAGGACUAGAGCCCCAGACUAUGUUUACUGUCUGCUCCAGCUCGAAGAAUGUAGCGAAAGACUGCUCCUUGCUCUCCCCGCCCAGAGGGUCAAGGCAAUAGAUUGUAGAUUGCUGCUUGCUUCAGCAAGGAGGCUGGGCAAUAAAUAGACUGUGUGCCGUUCUGUCCUGACCAGAGGGCCAGAGCCCUAUCCUUCUUAAUGACUGCUUUCUGUGUGACGUAGUGAGGUAGAGUGGCCUCCCUCCAAGCCUGACAGGGAGGGACAACCACAGAACCACCGCAAUGAGAAAACUGGGUUCUAAGUAUUAUCAGUGAUGGCGUACACAAACACAUACACACGGAGAGAUCUGGAUUACGUACAAUUUAGAUGUCAGAUAUAGUGAAACCUGGUGUAAUGGGCUGUCAACCCCAUUCUGCACAAGAGUGGAAGUGGUUAAUGGAGGCCAGAUGGGCUAGUUAAUCUAGUAGAUUGAACGCCAAAAGGAAAGCCCAGAUUAGCGGAACAGGCUUAUCUGUGAAGGAACAGGCGGGGCCUGUAUAAAGCCAGGUCGCUGUCUAUAGAUGGGUGGUGGUUGCUGGGACAGUUCUGCUGGGAAGUAGGCUGCAGUCAUUCUCUGAGUGGAGGGAGUUGGGAGGCUGGGAAACCCAGAGAUGGGAGAAGCCAGAUAAGUAGGAAGAAUCCCAGGGAAACAGCAGCAAGAGGUAGGACUGUAAGGGACCGUGGUUGCUUGUUAUAGAGUCCCUGAGCUGGAACCGAGUGUAGAGGGUGGACCUGGGUUCCCCUAGCAGCCACUGGGGAGUGGAAAGGACAUUGGAGACGCCAGCUAGCCAGUGGGUCUGGAAGGACUUUGAAUUCCCUGGAAGGGGAGGAUCUUAGUGACCCGGCCGCAAGGCCAAGCCACCAAGAGGAGACUGCAGUCCCUGGAGUGCGAGGUGUAGAGCUGAAGAAUGAAAUUGUUUCUUUUCUUUAAUUACUAUUAUUAAUAUGACUUUAUUUUGUGAACAAACAGAACUUCACUGUUUUAACAUUGUAACUCCUGUUUGCCUCCCAGCAUUGUAAACUGUUCAUUACACUUGUUUUAAUAAGACUCCAUAUUGUAACUAAAACUCCAUUUUGAAAUGCUUACUCCAUUUUGCAAAACCCCGUUGUAACCUUAUUAACUUAGUUCAAAUGUGUGAAUGAGGUACGCAUGGAUAAUGGAAUCAACCUCCAGCCCCGGCCUGUCCUGAUAAAGUUAAGUGCAAACACCAAGGGCUGAAGACAACAGCCCUGACAAAGUGAGAAGAGUCCACCCCAAAAGAAAAGAACAAAGGUGCAAUUGAAACAAGAUCAAAGUCAGGUCCGAGGCUGAAAGUCACGUCUGCAAUUGACGGGUUAUCAAUCACACCGAACCCAGAGGCAGCGUGACACAGCAAGACCUAUCAACUCUUGAUUCAAACGAAAAGCCUAUAAAAAAGAUGGGUAAGAUGGAAGACUUUGGGUAAUGUUCUGCUGCCAACAUCGAGGGGCAUCGGUGCGUGCCUGACAGAGACCCAGCCCUUCCUCGUGCCCGGCUUUCCUGGCCAGUUAGCCGCCACGAGCUACGAACCCAAGCUGCGAAAUCAAGCCAUGGACUCAAGCUACGUUCAGGACUGGUAACUCCCGCAGCUGCAGAACAUUUGAUGUGUGUGUAUAGGUAUUAGGUAUUAGCUAUUGGUUAUAGAUCAAAUUGUAUUAGCAUAAUAAACGUGGCAUCUUGCCUUAUCCCCUGAAACGAUCCUGUAUAGUUUUAGCUGUAUAACAGAGGGGCCACAGGGCGAG